UUAGGUAGCACUUUUAAAAACAGAUGAUUUCACUACCAAUAUGUGGAAUAUUUGCAGGUUGCGCCUCUAAUGUUGUAUUUUUAGAGUUAUUAACAAAAUCGAAUCCUGGUUCAGGAAAUCUUAUUACCUUUGCACAAUUUCUCUUUAUUGCAGUAGAGGGAUUUAUUUUUAACCGCAAAUUCGGGAUGAAGGCUCGUGUAAUACCAUUAAAGCACUAUGGUUUGAUGGUUAUAAUGUUUUUCUCUUUCAGUUUAAUUAACAAUUAUGCACUCAAUUUUAAUAUCCCGAUGCCACUUCACAUAAUUAUCAGAUCAGGUUCACUAGUUGCAAAUAUGAUAUUAGGUGCCUUCAUUUUAAAUAAAAAAUAUAGUUAUCAAAAGAUUAUAGCAGUAAUUAUGAUAACCAUAGGUAUAUGCAUAUUUACAUUUGCUUCUGCAAAUAAUACGAUAAGAGAGGCAGCUAACACAAAAUCUGACCUUGAAGUAAGGAAUCAUACCAUGAUAUUAUGUAUAGGCGUGUGUUUAUUGGUGAUCGCACUUUUGUUAUCGGCGCUGACUGGCUUGUAUCAAGAAAAAUUAUAUGACAGAUUUGGUAAGCAGUCCAAAGAAGCUCUAUUCUAUUCGCACGCUUUACCCUUGCCCGGAUUUAUUUUCGUCUACGAAGAUCUUUUAUAUUACAUCAAAGAAUAUAAUCGUUCAGAAACGAUUGGCACGAUUGGCCCUUUGCAUAUCUCGACCAUGUGGCUUUACUUAUUGGGAAACGUUGUGACUCAGUACAUCUGCAUCAGAAGCGUUUUUUGGAUGACGAGCGUUUAUUCGUCCCUAACUGUCACGCUAACGUUAACGCUUAGGAAAUUUUUGAGCCUAUUCAUAUCCAUAAUUUAUUUUUCGACGACGUUCACCCUUACCCAUUCAAUCGGCAUCGGUCUCGUACUAACGGGGACCUGUCUAUUUUACGAGUUAUUUCCCAAUAUGACGUCAUCGUCCAAAAAUGAAAUCGCUAUUACGUACGAUGGUACCCACGACAAUUCAAACGCGACUCUAUCAGGUAAGAAAAUUAAGACGCAUUGAAUCUGCCAUUUUUUUUAAAAAAUAAUUUGAUUAGUGUUAUAAACUUUAAUAAAAUUAUAAAUAUUUUUAAAUUUUUUUUUAAUAAAUCGUCAAAAAUUCUUGUUCAUCAUUUUGUUUUUAACCCAGCGCAAUAGAAAUUUUACCGUUUUUUUUGUAAUUUAUGAUAACUUUUUUUUAACAAAAAAUACCAAAGAUAAUUUUUUUUUAAUGAAAUUAAGAUAGUUUUUUUAGAAUAUUUUUUUAGAAAUUAUCUCAAAUCUUACAUGCAAUAUUUUUGUAAUAUUAUAUAGACAAUCUUUUGUUUUAUACCCAUUAUAUUUAUUAUUAUAUUUAGUGCUA